GGAGAGCAGUUUGUCGUGCCAGUAACCACGUAAAGGUUUCCUGGCGAGGAAGGAAUAUGACAAUUGCCCUAAACAAUGUUUAGCGAGCCUCUUGCUAGCAUGAGGUGUAAACAUAAUACACAGCAUAAUGCUAUACAUAUACGUGGAAAUUGCGACUAUUAAAGUGUCCUUAUUUAUAAACAAAAACGACUAAUUGCUUGGUUAGUUUCUAUGCAGAGCUAAGACAAGGAAUCGUGUAUAAAAACCUCUUACAUGCUGAGAAGUGAAUAGAGUCACCAGAGUAAAACGUUUGUUACUAGAUCGCAUUCUGUCAUCAGUAUGGUUGAAGAGUUCACAUCCAGCACAUCUGGUGAUUUCACUACAUCGUCAGUCUCAAAUUCUACACUGUCAUCUUUAAAUAUUUCAAGACCAAACGUGACCGUGGAAGGCAACGAUACAACCUUGACCUUCAUUACAUCCGGGCCUCUCCUCGACCUUGCAAACGACACGUACUUUAACAAUGUGUUGCUGUCAUCUCUAGUGUAUGUGUGUAUAUUACUGGCUAUUGGGUUACCAGGCAACGUCUUGGUGCUGUAUGUCUACGGCUUCAAAUGGAACCGUACAACUUCAAGAAUUUUCAUUUUGGCUUUAGCCGGCAUCGAUUUAUUAAAUUGCAUGUCGUCAAUGGCAACCGAACUUUAUCUUCUCACGCAUUUCUUCAAAUUUGAUUUCCCGUAUGUUUGUAAAGCUACGAGAUUUGUCACUUCAUUCUGUAAUAAUUCAACGACCAUAGUUUUAUCUGCCAUUGCUGUUGAUAGGUUUAAAAGGAUUUGUCGUCCCUUGGAAGCGCUCAUAGAUAUCAAAACUGCCAAAAAGAUUGUCGUGUUGGCUGUUGUCAUCGCUUUAGCUACAUCUUGGCCAUUGUUUGUGCUUUAUGGAACACAUGAACUUAAAUUGAAGAAAUUUCAAAAUUUCGUCCUCAUUGGGAAAACUUGUGAAAUCGAAGAACAAUGGAUAAAGACCAUUUAUCCUCUACUUCUUGUUGGAUUCCUCUUUACAUGUCAUUUUGCAGGGGAUAUUCUUUUUAUAGUUCUGUAUAUCCAUGUUGGGAAAGCUAUCAUACGACAAAGAAAGAACCGGAAAUCAUUAAAAUCCGGAAAUAGGUAUACUGCACCGGAAAUAUCGGCUGCAAGCUGUACAAUGGACGAAUUGGAUGGAAAACCAGAGGAAAUGAGGUCACGACAUUUUUCAUUUGUAGUGUGGAACAAAAUCGCGAAAAAUGCCAGUCGAUCUAAGUUAACAAUUGCAAAAGCUUCAAAUCGUCCUUUGGGGAAACCAAAAACUCUUCCAUCUGACCUUGUACGUAGACAGCUUUCGAAAGCAAGUGGCAACUCGAAUGGUUCAGGUGCUCUUCAUGCGGGCAAAACAACAAUGAUGUUAUUUCUCGUGACGGUUGUGUUUGCCAUUUCUUUCUUACCAUAUUGUGUCGUAGUUAUUUUAAGAGCAACACACAGAGCAGAUAUUGCAGACCUUUCCAAUAUUGGCCAAUCGAUAUACAAUUUAUUACUUCGUUCGUAUUUUAUGAAUAGCGUAUUUAAUCCUGUUGUAUACUGCUUUGUUAGUCAACAGUUCCGAAACCAAGCGAUAGCAGCAUGCAGUUGCACACGUGGAAAUUUACAAAGGUCAAAUUCGCAAGUGAGGUCAAACCUAGGUUCAAGGUCACGUUAAGGGCCCAAAGGUCACAGAAAAGUCAUGGACGGUUUAUUUUCAUAAUAUCUUAAAAUAAAUCAUUAUGUGGUAUGUUUAUUGACAUGCCAAAAUUAAAGCCUAAACUUUUGAAUAAUUACAACAAUAUAGAAUUGAGAAUCUUUGCUCAAUUCGAAACUUUAACAGAUUCAAUGAUGAAUUUACGCUCAAACAUCAUUUACUAAGUAAAUAAUAUAUAGAAGAUUUAAUAGGAAAUUUAUGAUUAAGCGAAAUGCUUCCAUUCCAGCACAAAAAGCGCUAAUUUCAGAUAACCACUAAAAUAUGUUUACUUUCAAUAUGUCAAUAAUUUCUUGGUGGAUUAUGCAAUUCGUUUUUAACAUUCGUGUACAAUGUAUCUAUCAUUUUUUUAAGAUACUUAUUUAUCAUCAUUUAUGCCUCAGACCCGUAUAUAUCAACAGGUCCGUUACAUAUAUCUGUCAAUCAUUUAGAUAUGCAUAUACAUAAUGAAAAUAAUAAUGAAACCGAAUGUUAAAGCAGAUGCACAGUACGUAAUUGUUAAAGAUUUAAACAUUUGACUACGGUGAUUUUUACUGUGUUUAUUUGUUUGAAAAUAUAUGGUAAAUAGUUAUUGUGAUGAUGAUUCCUAACUAAUCAUUCACAUAUUAAUAAUUACGCUGUGCAUGAAAAAAGUAUAUAUAUGUGUCAUCCCAACGUUAUUGUGCAGCCUCGCAAUUCAUCACUAGUUUAAGGGAAAUUUUUGAAAUAUUUGAAUAAACAAAUGAUUAACAAGAAAA